AUGUCUGCUCCACAAGCCCAAGGUCAAGGUCAAGAACAAAAGAGAGGUGGUUUCGGUGGCCGUAACAGAGGUCGUCCAAACAGAAGAGGUGGUAGACAAACCGAAGAAAAGGGUUGGGUCCCAGUCACCAAGUUGGGUAGAUUAGUCAAGGCUGGUAAGAUUACCACCGUUGAAGAAAUCUUCUUGCACUCUUUGCCAGUCAAGGAAUUCCAAAUCAUUGACACUUUGUUGCCAAACUUGCAAGAUGAAGUUAUGAACAUCAAGCCAGUUCAAAAGCAAACCAGAGCCGGUCAAAGAACCAGAUUUAAGGCUGUUGUUGUCGUUGGUGACAGCAACGGUCACGUUGGUUUAGGUAUUAAGACCGCUAAGGAAGUUGCUGGUGCCAUCAGAUCUGGUAUCAUCAUCGCCAAGCUAUCUGUUAUUCCAAUCAGAAGAGGUUACUGGGGUACCAACUUGGGUCAACCACAUUCUUUGGCUACCAAGACCACCGGUAAGUGUGGUUCCGUCACUGUUAGAUUAAUCCCAGCCCCAAGAGGUUCUGGUAUUGUCGCUUCUCCAGCUGUUAAGAAGUUGUUGCAAUUGGCCGGUGUUGAAGAUGUCUACACUCAAUCCAACGGUAAGACCAGAACUUUGGAAAACACCUUGAAGGCUGCUUUCGUUGCUAUUGGUAACACUUACGGUUUCUUGACUCCAGACUUAUGGACCGAACAACCUUUGCCAUUGUCUCCAUUGGAUGUUUACUCCGAUGAAGCCGCUGUUCAAAGAAAGAAGUACUAA